CGGGAAACGCGGGGCCGGCGCGGGGACUUUGAACGCCACGGCCCCGGAGCCGUAGGGCCUGGCGAGGCUCAUGGGCUCCCCGCACUGCGAGGAAGGGUAGGGUUCACCGUUCUCUGCCGGCUGCCGGACCGGCCUCUUGGAGAGGAAAGGGGAAUUUUACAGUGCUCGGGCUCUCUCCCCUUCCUCGUGGCCAUGGGAGGAUCGAACCAGCGCGUCUGUGCAGAAGCAGCGCGGAGUGUUGAACAACUUCCUCGCAGGGAGGAGAGUUCUCAGCUCCCGAGACAGCCAUUGUUUAUCUCUAACCGCGGGAGGCGAAGCUCCUUUUCACAAAGGUUUCAAAUUAGAGCAGUUUAGUAAACCUGAGCCCCCGGGGUUGAGCAUGAAGGACUUGUAGAUUAUGCCAAGCAUGGACCUCAUCUGGUAAAACCCUUCCAGAAAGUCCCUUGACUGAUGUUAUUUUUAGAGUAUUUGCUUUCUGAUGAGCAAGAAAUGAGAAGAUGCUCUAUUAGCUUUGUCCUGUGAAGGCUGUGAGAACUACUGGGGUUUUUUCUAAUUAUCUCUAGUUUAGUGCCUCAAGACUGAUAUUUCUAUUUUCUGUUCUGUAGUGCACCUCUCCCUUAUUUUUUGUAACAAAGAGGUAUGUUGUAGUUUGUUGAUUGUUAGCGCUGCUCUCGAUUCCUCCCACUGCUGUUGUACCACAUGUGCAUUGGAUUCCUCAUGUCUAGUUGCCAAGGUAGCAGACACAAAGACAAAUCAGAUGAGUUUUGCAGAAGGUUUUGGGGAUCCUUUGGAACAAAAGGUCCCAGAGAAACGCAUAGUUUUCUUGAGAACAUAAUUUAUCAGUCUAGUCAAAAGCAAUGUGGGAGUUUGGGUUUAGGGUUUGCUGCUGUCUUAUUUAAAAAUCCACUUUCUGCAAAUUUAGAGGAGCUUGUGAUGUUGUAAAGAUGUUGAACAGUGUGACAGCCUUUCAGUCAAGCUACGCUUCAUUCAUUUUCUGUUUAUUAACUCCUUUUCACUCCCCUUUUCUAAUAAAAGGGCAUCCCUUUGUGAGAUUUAAUUUAAUUCAUUCGUGGGAUUGGGAUUGCCUGAACUGUAGUCCUGAGUCAUAGUUGAGCCUUUUGGAGCCUUCCUGCCUGGGCAACAUGGAGGACAGUUUUGACUAAGUAUUUCUUCUGGAUAUAGCCGAUACAUUCAUAUUAAUAUUUUGAACUUACGAGCAUCCUAGUGUUAUCACAAUAUAAUUUUCAAUGCUUGAAAAGAACAUUACAGCAGAAUUGCAUAACUAUGUCCUAAAUAACAGCUUCUGAACCAAAUGUCUCUUAUUUAGCUUUUUGAUGUGAAUUUUUCGUGUUUACUGUUUCCUUUGUCAGUGUUUCUUGUCUCUGUUAAAUCAGCUCCCAGUUUCUGAGUGCAAAAUAUUUGACUGUAUAUCCAAGGGGAGAGAAACAUCUAGUGUUGCUGGUUCUGAGCAUAAGGAGUUUUGAGACUGGCUGAUUUCUCAGGAGCAAGAAUCAACAUUUCAACAGCUGAUGGACUUAGAGCUCCUGAAGAGGCUGCGCCAGACCAACCAGGACCUUCUACAAAUGCUCAGAAUGAAGCAGGAGGAGAUCAGAAAAGGACUUCCCAGCAGGCAACUCCUUCCAGCAUCCCUUCAUAGCAGCACAGCUGCUGACAGAUGUGUCCCCUUGCCCAGGAGAGGGAAGGAAAAUCAGGUCAAUGCAGUGAAGUCUACAGCUGACCCCAGAAUAAUGGUGUCUGUGGAACCCAGAGCUGGCCCAGUCCUCAGUUCAUCUCUUAAACACAGCAGCAGUGACAGAGGGGUACAGCAACAACAAGCGAAGACAGAGGAAGGAGUGGGUUUCAAUUCCAGAUUUCCUGGGAAAGAGAAGAAUGUUACGCCAGUGUCUGCAAUCAUUAUGUGUGGCAGAGAAAUCUCCAGAGCGCAUGGGGAUGGCCAUGCUCGAGGAAGUCCAGAGAAAGAAUCCUUCUUCCUGGGACGGGGAGAGAACAGAAGACAGUCCACUCUGAUGCAUGGUCCCCAUGAGAAAAGUCAUCCGGAGCCAUCACUGAGCAGAGUGCAAAAUAAAGAGACCAGUGAGCAGCAUGUGGUCAUCAGAGAGCCCCGUAUCCCUAAAUCAGUCUUGCUGACAUCUCGGUCCAAAGAGUUGAAGAAGGAAGCUCGUCAUGUGACUUUUCAGCCUGACCCUGAAGAAGAUGCCGUACCUGUGAGCAGCUGGUCUGCCCGUCCUUUCCUGGGCUAUGACUGGAUUGCAGGGCUCCUUGAUACAAAGUCUUCAGUAACAGAAAAAUCUGAGCAAUACUUUGCUGAGCUGCAGGAGUUCCGACAGGCCAACAGAGAAACCUGUAUUCAUCAGCAGCACCUGGAACCCAAGGCUCUGGAUUGCACAGGUCCUGAACAAGAACUGGAUUUGAUAACUGGUUCCCAUAAGUGUGUUUACUGUUACAGAUUAAACCAGCGCCUCUUCACCAUCCCCGUGGAUUCAGAAUCUGCCUGCCCUGUGUGUAAGAUCCCACAUACCCACCAGCCCCCGGGGACACUGGAAGAGCCAACUUAUGUCAGGGUCAGCAUCCCCAGAUCCGCCCUUUUGCCAGCCUACAAGUACAAAGCCCAUCGCAGGAGGAGCUUUGAGCCGGCAGACAAUCUAGCACUGCCUUCGCAUUGCCUGGCUGGCUGGGAAAAUAUGGUCCCUUCCAGCAACCCCCUGCUCAGCAGUUUGGAUCUGCGAGCCUCACUGGAAGAGAAGCCUUCUCCCUAUCCUUGCCUGGACUUAGUGUCCAGAAUGUCAGGAGAAGCCAGAACUGAUAAGUUUCUGCAUCUGCCUCACUUGGCACACCUGAGGUUUAGCAGAGCAAACCGGGACACCAGAGAGCAGCUCUCAGUUCAGACGCCACUCCCUCAACACUCUGGACUAUUGACUUGAUUGCUCUGGGGAAGGGAUGGGCACAGCACGUGGAAACAACUCAGAAACAAAGCAGUUUGGAUAAAAAUAAAUCUUUGGACAGAUUUUCCCCAA